UUGACGUAUAAAGUUUUAUCGUAAGUGUAAGUCAAUAAAGAAUAUUUUGCACUCAACGUAGAGUAAUACAACGUAAAUCUGUCAAUUUACUAAACGCAAAAUGGUUUUUAAAUGUCAAGAAGAUAGCUUUUUGCAAGAGUUCACCUCUGAAGUGAUCUCUUGCUGCCCAGCAAAGUUUGAAACUUUGGUGGAUGGCAAGAAAGUUAAACAAGAAGGUUAUGAAAUAAUAUGCAAAGAUACCAUAAUCUUCCCAGAAGGAGGAGGACAGCCUUUUGAUCAAGGCUACCUUAAUGACAAAUGGGUGCAUCAAGUGAUUCGUAAAGGUGAUCAAGCCUUGCAUUAUACUACAGAACCAUUGAAUCCUGGAGAUGUUGUCAAGCAGAAAAUUGUAUGGCAAAGAAGAUUUGACCAUAUGCAGCAGCAUUCUGGCCAACAUUUGAUAAGUGCAAUUUUUGAAAGAGACUUCAACUUUAAAACUUUAUCCUGGUGGUUGGGGGAGGAAGUAACCCAUAUUGAAUUUGACACACCUAUGAUCACAGAAGAUCAAAUUGCUGAAGUUGAAGAAACUGUGAAUGGACUUAUUCGUAACUGCACCAAUGUUUCUGUGCAAGUUUUCAAUGAAACUGCAACAGAUGAAGAAAUCAAACAGGCAAGAAGCAGGGGACUUCCUGAUGAUCAUGUUGGUGAUAUCAGGAUCAUAACAAUUGAUGGAAUUGAAAGCAACAUGUGUUGCGGAACGCAUGUCACCAACUUAAGUCAAUUGCAGAGUAUUAAAUUGUUGCACUGCGAGAAAAGUAAGAGAAAGAAUCAAUGCCUCUUAUACUUCCUUUGUGGUAAUAGGAUUUUGAAGAGGUUAGACAAAUCCAUUGGCAGAGAAAGAAAACUCACUGCAAUUUUAAACUCUGGUCCCCAGCAACAUGUUGAAUUAGUUGAUAAACUUCUGAAGUCUUCUAAAGGAAGCACCAAAAAUUUGCAGAAUGUUCUCAAAGAUCUGGCAGCUCUUGAAGCUGACAAACUGAAAUCAAGUGUGCCCAUGCCAAAGUACUUUUGUAUGCACCGUAAAGAAGCUGAACCAGAUUUCAUGAAUACAUUCAUCAAGGAAUUUGGUUCAACUGAAACGUUUUUGGUAUUAUCAACAGGUGAGGAAAAGGGUGCAGGUAACAUUUUGCUCUAUGGAAAUGAGAAGGAUAUAGAGGAACUUGGAAAGAGCAUUUGUGAAUUGUUGAAUGGAAAAGGUGCUGGGAAAGGGAAUAGAUUCCAAGCAAAGGUUGCAAACCUUGGGAACAGGAACAAAGUUGAGGAAUUGUUGAAGAAAUAUUUCAAUUAGUAAAUAAAGGAAAUUGAGUUAAAUUGA